AUGGCUGCUUUGAGACCAUCAGGACUUCUGAGAUGCAGAAUGUGGAUCCUGUUUGCCCUCGUCCACCUCACUAUGGAUCUGUCUAUGUGUGCUCCAGCAGGGACAGGGCUUAAGCUGCUGCCUCGGUCACUGCCUCGUUUACGCCCUCGCCUCCUUCCCAGUCGGGACGUACCUAAUGGACAGCACUGGAGGACUCUGGGUACCUGGCAGCGUGGUCUCCCACCUCCAGUACCAACACUUGGCUAUAAAGGAGGAGGAAGAGAGGACUUGGGGACCAAACCGCGGCCUCAGAGGCGCAAACGUUAUCUUUGUGAGGAGUGUGGCUCCAGCUUUACAGCCUCAGAUGGAGGCGAGUCACUGGAGUUUUUGGAAGGGAGUAAAGCCAACAUUUUGCAGUACUUGUUGCGAUCACGCAGGCAGUUGAAGUGGGAUAAUUAUGACAGUUCGCAGGAAGGCAGGACCACCACUGUGGCAGGAUUUAUUGACUGGGGACCCACAGGGGUGGAUGGGGGGGUGGAGGAUGAGAUUAAUAUAGUACACAACACCAUGGCCACUACAAAGGCCACAACCACCACUACCACCACCACAAGUACCACCACAACACGCAGCCCACAAAGGACUCACGUGGUGGUCACUACUAUCCACCCCAGGAGGCUAAGCACCACUCAGCCCACUGUUAACCUCGGAGUGACUGCCAGGCCACAAAAGCCAUUCGGGGACACACCAGGUCUGGCUGUCCAUCAGAUCAUCACUAUCACUGUUUCCCUUAUAAUGGUCAUCGCAGCCUUGAUCACAACACUAGUCCUUAAAAACUGCUGUGCACAGUCGGUGAAUGGCCGCCACACUAGCCACCAGAGGAAGAUCAACCAGCAGGAGGAGAGCUGCCAGAAUCUGACUGACUUCACCUCAACUCGUGUGCCAAGCAAGGUGGACAUUUUCACCGCCUACAACGACAGUUUACAUUGCUCUCACGAGUGUGUGCGCACCGCCGUGCCCGUCUAUACGGACGAGAUGAUCCAGCACACCCCCACUUACAAGUCUACUUACAAUGGGAACAGACCAUCGCCAACUGAAAGGCAGCUAAUCCCUGUGGCCUUUGUGUCGGAUAAAUGGUUUGAGAUCUCCUGCUAAGGGUCUUUCACUACCUGUUGGACACUGCAACUUCCUUGAAUAGGACCUUGAAUCCGAUUGGAAACCCUUGACUUCCCGAAUACGGAGGAAAAUGACAAAACGACGUACCCAAUAAUUGCAGAGGAGCAGGAACAAUACACUGUUUUGUAUAAAUUAUGGAUCUCCCUGGAAAUGAAGAUGUUUAUUUUUGUAAGCGGAUUGCAAAAGGGACGUGCUAUGGUUGCCACUCCAGAUCAUUUUUAAUAGACUUCUGGUUACUUAGAGGUGAUGCACUAUACUUAAUAUUAUAUUCAUAUAUAAUUGUAUGUGUAGACGUCUUGGGGAGAAUCGCUGCCAUUAUGGACGUGUAUGUGUAUGGAGAGCUGUUUUCAAGAUGGUCUGCUGUUAAAGAGGUGAACAGACUUUUCAGAACUACGUGCCAAUAAUGCCAAUAUGUGCCAAUAUGUACAGAUGGGACACAUGUGGGAGUUGAAUACUACAGGCUUAACGACGAGUCAGUUCUGUGACAGUAUUCAAAAUCCCAUACUUUUUGUAUAGAAAGUACAAAUAUGUAUUUGAACUAUGUUUUGAAAUAGUUGAACAAAAACUG